CUUUACAUGUGGAUUUAGCUGGAAUGGAGGCGUAGCAACCCAUUGCGAGCAUUUGAUGUUCUUAGAAUAUGCAACUGUAAAUUAGCGGUGUCCGUGAAAUUGCAUAGAACCCCGAUCAUUUCUGCCCCUCUUCUCCGAGCGGAUAGGAGUUCUGUAACCAAACCCAAAUGCCUCCGACCAAAUUCUCACCGAAACUCCACCAUGAAGCCACAGUGAUCAGAUCAGCAAUCCAGUCCAGACUCCUAGUCCUGACUCUUAUCCUCCUAUGGCGGACUCUCUUGUCCUCCUAUGACACCUCCGCCUCCAUCAAUCCCGAUUGCCUAUCUACCAUCCCCUCACAAAAAAACGUUCUCUUUCAUUCCCUGGGUUUGGCUAUCGAGUCCAGCAUUGUAUGGGACAGUGUCUACUUUGUUCGGAUUGCAGAGUGUGGCUACGAGUACGAGCAGACCUACGCUUUCUUCCCCCUUCUUCCUCUUUGCAUGUCGUUCUUAUCACGUACAGUUUUGGCGCCAUUGGUUCCAGUUAUUGGGCAAAGAGCUGUGUUGGGAUUAUCCGGCUAUGUCAUUAGUAACAUUGGCUUCGUGUUUGCGGCAGUUUAUUUAUACAGGCUUUCAGUUGUCAUUUUGAAGGACCAAGAAGCAGCAGUGAGGGCUUCAGUUUUGUUUUGCUUCAAUCCAGCUUCCAUAUUCUAUUCAUCAAUAUAUUCGGAGACAUUGUUCGCCCUUUUUUCAGUUGGAGGAUUGUACCAUCUAAUAUCUGGAAAAGAUGUCAUUGCUGUUCUUUGGUUUGCUCUUUCAGGAUUUUCAAGGUCCAAUGGAGUGCUUAAUGCUGGUUAUUUCGGUUUUCAGACUAUGCAUCAGGCCUAUGAUGCUGUUUUCUUGAGAAAGCGUCCUUUUUUGGCAUUGCAGGCUGUUGUUGGUGGAGCUCUGCGCUGCAUAUGUAUAUUUGUUCCUUUUAUUGCAUUUCAAGCAUACGGAUACAACAAUCUCUGUCUUGGACAUCUUCCAUCCGAUAUGAGGCCCUGGUGCAAAGCAAGAGUCCCUUUGUUGUACAAUUAUAUUCAGAGUCGCUAUUGGGGAGUAGGUUUCUUGAGAUAUUUCCAAGUUAAACAGUUGCCAAACUUUCUGCUGGCUUCACCAAUAUUGUCUCUGGCACUUUGCUCAAUUGUCCAUUACGCAAAGUCAAAGCCUGAAAAGUUCUUCUCUUUGGGUUUUCGAGCUCCUCCUGAGGAUAAAGAUUCUGCUGCUGUGCUCUUUUCUCUAGCAGAAUACUCCUCCAGAAGUCAGGAAAAUCGCACAAGGAAGCAAGUGAACAUAGAUGGUCCUGCAUUACUCUCAGAAGAACAUAAAGUAUUAGCAAAGCAAGGAUACUUGUCUGUUGCUGUGCUUCCAUGUAUUCUACAUUUGGGAUUUAUGGCAGCCACCGCAAUUUUUGUCAUGCAUGUGCAGGUUGCUACUCGUUUCUUGUCCUUCAGCCCUCCGCUCUAUUGGUUUGCGUCGUAUAUAAUGAAAUCUCGUGGUACUGGUAAGAGAUGGGGAUAUAUAGUUUGGGCAUACUCUGCUGCGUACAUUCUUCUAGGCAGCUUGCUCUUUUCGAACUUCUAUCCUUUCACUUGAUGGUUUUACAGCAAGGAGUCUCGGCUGCGAGCUUUUCUAUCGAAGAGUUUGUGCCUUUCACAGAGUCUCAGAUUGAAUUUGCUUACUGACGGAUAUUCUUCUAUUGUUUGGGGAGUCCCACUGCUUAAUAUCUUUAGUUGCUUGCCCCUGUGUAUAAGCAUCGUGUGACUGUCGGUCCCGAAGAGGCGACAGUUUUGUUCUUUUCUGCAUGUUAUAUAUAGUUUUUAUAAAUGA